UGAUUAUCAGUUCAUAGAGCACGCCAGGGGACUGCCCAUGUACGGGGUUCAUCUGCAUGAGGCCAAGAACAUCAAGCUGGGUGUGUUUGGCAAUGGCGUGUUCAUCUAUAAGGAAGAGCUGACCUUCUGUCGCUUUGACUGGGGUAACAUCGCAAAGGUCUCCUGUAAGGGCAGUGAGUUUUUACUCAGACUGAGGCUCAAAGAGAAGAACAAAAUUGAUGGCACCAUUACAUUUCAAAUGCCAAGUCCCCAGGCAGCCAAAAGGUUCUGGAAGGAGUGUGUGGAGCAACAUACCUUUUUCAGACUGGAGCAGGCACCUAAAGCAAGAUUUCUCGCCUGGUACAAAUUUCAGUACAGUGGCCGGACCCUGGCACAGGUCUGCCAGGCAAACGCCUUCAUCUGCAGGGAAACACCAAAGGUUAAGCGUACUCCUCCCAUGUACAUCUAUGCGCCUUUCAUUGAAGAUGAAAUCGGUCCUUUGGGCAAGUGCUAUGAAGGACGUUCCUGGAGAGAUAACAUCAAAUGGCCCUGGCAUCGUAGUCAUUGCCAUCGUAUGACACAGGGCCGGCAGAAAGACACCAAGAGGACUAAAGUCCUGCACUUUUUGAAAGGUGCAAAAACUGAGGAGGAAAGACAUGAGUAAUGUGCCCAGGUGAAGCAGGA